AGUCGCCCUACCAUCAAAGGGAUGGAAUGAUGCCUAUUGAAGGGAUGGUCCAGGCAUCUAUCAGGCCUUAAGUUCGUGCGUGUUGCUAAUAUGAGUUCAAUGAUCACCUACAACAGUAUAAUGGGAAAGAACGAACCACCGAGAGAGUGAUCGUUCAAUGGCUAUUGUCCACUCUUGCUAUAUGAACACUUGGAUGACAUAUUUUCCUGACCAAGAGUGGAGCCCAAUCUCGAGUGCCAACAAUUAGCUUUGGAUCGAUCGAUCGGUGGAACCAACCUGCCUGGAUGUCCUAAUGAAUUCCACGGCCUUCCAAGAAGCUUUGGCGCCUCUGGAGUGCCCAGUGUUCACGAAGCAGUCUGAAGAGCUCUUGAAUGACUUCUCGUUUUGGGUUGAAGGAGUGCUGUGCUGUGUAAUUGCUGUGCUUGGAUUUCUUGGGAACAUCGGAUCCGCCUUUGUCUUGUCCUCAAAAGACAUGAGGAACUCGUUCAAUCUUUUGCUGAUCGUAUUGUCAUGCUUUGACAACGUGUAUCUCUUGGGUGGGAUUCUGGAAGCAAUCAGACGAGACUUUGGCUUGGCUACCAAAUCUCAUAUCAUUCUGUUUCCGUACUUUCUGUACCCGGUGCAAUCGAUUGCCAUGACAGGAUCCAUUCUCCUCACCGUCACAAUCGCCUUGGAACGAUAUGUGGCCGUACAUUAUCCGAUUAACUACAGCCAAUCCUUGAAUGGGGGGAACGCAUUGCGGAGUCGAAUGGCCAAAUAUUUGACACCUGUGGCAUUUUGUUCCAUACUCUUUAAUGUGACCAAGUUCUUCGAGGCCAAAUUGGAUUAUCGUCCAGACGAGGAUAUGCCCUCGUUGAUCCCGACCAAUCUGCGCACCAAUCCCGACUACUCGAUCUAUUUCAAUUGGUUUCGAUUCAUCGCCAUCGGAGUGGUUCCCUUUGGGUUGCUGGUCUUCUUCAACGCUCAGAUCUACCGAGCUCUUCAUCAACGGAGGAAGCGAGCCGGUUUCUGGAGGAACCAAAGUUUGGCAACAUCGUGCAAUCACUCUGUGGCCGCUCUUUCGGAUGUCGGAAAUGGAAGCAACGAAAGUCAAGCCAAUCUUAAAGACGAUUCAGCUGAAGAGAUUUACCGCAAUAAUUCUCUUCGGAAUGUCAGCCAAAAGGCCGUGCCAACUGACGAGACAGCCCCAACAAACCCACUUGACGGGAGCCAAGAAACCAUCAUGUCCACCCCCAAUAUCAAUACCGCCCAUGAGGACGCCCGGCUGUUGCGACACCAGGACUCCGGUCACAGUGUGGUGACGUUCCACAUGGGCACCAAGAUCUCCAGCUCGGAUGAUGAUCCAGCGGGGAUGGUUCGAGUCAGCAUGAAGCUGCGGAAGCUCCAACAACCAGGGGGAGAGCCCAGUUCGCCUCUCUUGGACAAGGGCCAGAAAAAGGAGUCGAACGCGGAUGGAUUGCGAGCAGGGCUCCUCAAAGUUGAGAAGACGUUCUACAACAGCAGCAUUCGACGUUAUCGCGGGAGCAAAGGCCAUGGGGGCCCCAGGGACAAGUCCUCAGGGGCGACAGGUGGGGAGAACGUCAGCACCGGUACCCCGUUGAGAAACUUACCCAAGCCCUCGGAGGAGGUCAUCUCGACGAGGGAGGUGGCCAAGGCCAAUGCCAGGCGCCGCAAAAUGGAGGAUCAUUUGGCCUCCAUUUUCAUGGGCUACAUUCUGGUGUUUCUCAUAUGCCACUCUCCAAGACUGGUCUUGAACAUCUACGAGCUCAUUACCAUUCGAAACGCAGUCCUCUGUCGAAGUUCGGGCUUUCAGCCAUUUCCUCAAUGGUCUCUCGUUCUGACUUGCAUCAGUCAUCUCCUCCUGAUCACCAACUCCUCCAUCAACAUCCUCAUCUAUUGCGCUCUGAGUUCCAAAUUUCGCGAAGAGGUGACCAAGCUAUUCAAGAGCGUGUGCCAGAAGGCCUAAUAUCCAUACUUGUCGUGGGCCAAAGGGGCUAGUGUCACUGUCAGUGAGUGAAAGCUCCAUUCCUUGGCAGAUUCGCACAUUGAUUGGGUGCGAACCAGAACCAUGAUUGGCGAGUUUCCUCGCUGAACAUGACGGACUGAUGAUGGCCAUCAUCUGGUGGUAUCUGAGUGUAGAUGAAUCUUGGAUGUCAAUUUUGGACAAAGUGACACCCCCCCCCCUCAAGGCAUUUCCAAUUCCUUCUCCGUACAACGCCACGUACUACCAGUCUACCCAACUAUAGAUGCAAUUUGUUUGACCUUUCUUUUUGUCUCUCGUCUCUUUUUAAUCAUGACUCCUCACAAGAUGUGUGAGUUGAAUACGUGUGUCCAAUCCGCAUGAAGACAAUGUCAGCCAAUGUAUAAUACACACAUAUGCUCUAUAUUGCUGUUAAUAAUCGGAACAAACACUGAAUGUGACAAUGAUAAUAAAAUGAUGUCGGAAAACCUG